GUUAGGGAACCACAUCUUCCGGCUGACUGGCCCCGGAGCCGACCAGGAUCCCAAAGGUCUGUUCACCAUCGACAUCGACACAGGAGACGUGUCGGUCAGCCGCUCACUGGACCGAGAGGCCAUCGACUCCUACCAGCUGGAAGUAUCAACCACAGACUUCUCUGGAAACCUCAUCGAGGGACCGGCCAUACUCAUGAUCACUGUCAUGGACCAAAAUGACAACCGGCCCAUCUUCAAGGAAACGCGUUACACAGGAGAGGUGCUGGAGGGAUCUCCUACAGGAACCACGGUGAUGACGAUGACGGCAUUCGAUGCAGAUGACCCCGGCACGGACAACGCCGUGUUACGCUACAACAUCGUCAGACAGUCGCCUGACAAACCUUCGCCGAACAUGUUCUACAUCGACGCAGAAAGAGGCGACAUCGUCACCGUCAUCUCUCCGACGUUACUGGACAGGGAGACGUUGCCGACUACGAGGUACGAGCUGGAGAUCGUGGCCAAGGACAUGGCAGGAAGUGAGGUGGGCCUAACAGGAACAGCCACGGCCACCAUUACCAUCACAGACAAGAACGACCAUGCCCCUGAGUUCACACAUCCUCUGUUUGAGGCUCACGUGUCCGAAGGCUCGACGGGCGUCGUGGUCAACCUGACGGUAGACGACAGAGACGAUCCCGCCACGGGGGCCUGGAGAGCCAUGUACUCUAUCAUCAGUGGAGAUCCUGCACAGCGCUUCGAGAUCCAAACCAACCCAGACAAUAAUGAGGGGAUGUUGUCGGUCGUCAAGCCUCUGGAUUAUGAGUCCACUAUGUUCCAUACGCUGUACAUCAGAGUGGAGAACGAGGAUCCUCUGGUUCCUGAUGUCGGCUACGGUCCGAGCUCCACGGCAACCGUCCGUGUCACAGUUGAGGACAUCAACGAAGGCCCAGUGUUCUUCCCAGAUCCCCUGGUAGUCACCAGGGUGGAAAACAUCCCUGUGGGCAGCGUGGUGGCCUCGCUCAGCGCUACAGAUCCAGACACGUUAGAGAUCCAGAGCAUCAGGUAUGCUGUUCUGCACGACCCAGCAGGCUGGCUCAGUGUGAGUCCAGUCAAAGGAACUGUCAACACCUCAGCCUCUCUGGACCGCGAGUCUCCUUAUGUCCACGACAAUAGAUACACAGCUGUCUUCACCGCCACAGACAACGGCAUCCCACCGGCUACAGGUACGGGCACGUUGAUCAUUCACCUGGAGGACUACAACGACAACGCCCCCUAUGUGGUGCCAUCGGUAGCGCGAGUGUGUGAGGACGCCCAUGACAUGAACGUCGCCAUCGUCGGAGGUUGGGACAAAGACCUCCCGCCCAACGCUGCACCUUUUAAGAUAGAACUGGGAAAACAGCCCGGCUUGGACAAAACAUGGAAAGUCACCAGGGUCAACUCUACACACUCCCAGAUCAUGCUUCUCCACAGUCUGAAGAAAGCCAACUACCAGCUCCCGCUGCUCAUCACCGACUCAGGCGUGCCCCCUUUGUCCAACAACACAGAGGUGAAAGUUCAGGUGUGCAUCUGUAAGAAGAACAAGAUGCACUGCAGCUCGGCCCACUCCCACAGCGCCAGCCCCCUCGGGCUGCUGGCGACACUCCUGCUCACCCUACUCUGCCUGUAGAUUCUGCUGAAACCUCCCGUAGCCCUUUUUUGCAACACUGAAAAGCAACGACUUAUCUCCCCCUUGCAACCCAGGCUUAGGAGAGAAGAAAAAAGAAGAAGAAGCAGCGAGGAGAAGUCUUCUCACUGCGACAAAUCAAACAAGAAAAUACACACAAUCCCCCACAGGCACAACUGCUGUAUAACACCACUCUACAUCCUUUAUUUAACUUCUCACUUAUCCUCCUGCCACUCUCAUCUCCAUCUCUUCAUCUUUACUCUCCUUGUUGCAUCUUCCCUACUUGAACCUACUCAUUUUUUUCCUUCCUCUCUCCCUCUUGCACUUCAUCUGUCCAUUGAUUGAUUAUUUCGUCUCUUUUUACAGUUUUCAUGGUAUUCUGUUUUGGCACCUCACCAUCGCACUGGCAGGCAAAUACUGGGUAUUAGCAGCAUUCAUGGCAAUAUGCCACACAUGUAGGAGAUACUUGAAACAACAUGUACAUUGAUAUUGUAACAAAACGAAAGCUAGAAAUCUAAUUCAUAUUGAACCUAACCUACAGUCCUUCCCCUCUUGCUCCAUCCUACAGCUUUUCUAUUUCCCCUCUUGCCUUGUUUCCCUCUCAUAGCUACCUCUUGUUUCUUUAUUCCCUCCCCAUGCAUAGACAUCACCCCGCUAUCUAUCGGCCUCUCGUCUCUCCCCGUCUCCCCCGUUUCGUCUAUCUAUUGACCUCUCUCUGCCUCUCACCGGGCCAGACAACACUGCAAAGGCUGAGCUACUGUCCUGGUCGAGGGGAAGAGCAUUGACUUUUUGAUGUGUUCCUUUCCUUUUUCUCGUCACAGACUGUGUUUGAUCUUGUUUCCCUCUUUAAGCGGAGAGAACAAAUCCUGUUUCCUUUGUCUGCAGAGGUUGUGGUCUUUUAGGACAAGGUGGUAGCCACAAGCCUUCAAAGUCAGAAACUCUCUGGAGUCGUUUCUUCGAUUUGCUUCUGUUUUUAUUGUAUUAGUUGUCAUGGAGUGGAAAACAGUAUAUCUUUAUAGUAACGGUGUAAACCUUAAAAAAAAUAUUAUUAUAUAAAUAUUUUAUUUUUUACCAUUGUAUAAAUAUACAGUAUUGAUUAACUUAUGUACUUUGAUUGCAAGUUCUUUGGUCACCCACAAAGUGAGUAAAUAAAAAAAAAUAGGAUUUUUUUUCUGUGAAUCUUAGGAACUAUUUCUAAUGCUAUUGAUGUGUUGACUAUUUUAUUGUAACAUCUGUUGUUUUGUUUUUUAUCAUUAUUUUCAGAUUUGUGAUUAAUUGCAGAAUCAGGAGUCUUGUUUUAAUGACUACAUUCUUGUUUCGGUUCGGUUUUGUCUCCCGUCAGUUCUUCUCUCUCCCGUUCUCUCUCCAUCUCUUAAGUCCCAAGAAGAAGAAGUGUAAGAAGAAAACUAAAAGGUUGUGGUUUUGGUGGAUAGUCUCGCUUUUUUCUCUUGCACUCAUCUAAAGAACUUAGCGUGUGUGGGUUUGUUUGGAAGACCACCUUAAAGAAAAAGAUGACAUUUUGAGUAAGUUAUGUCUGUCUUUUGCACUAAUUUAAUAAAGCCGUUACUGAAAAUUCCCA